UGAGGCCAUUGUCAGGGGUGUCAACACUCAGGGCAGAUUUCUGUCCACUGACAUAAUCACUCGAGAACAUUUGGGAUUUAAAUGAAGUAAUGUUUUGCAGAACGUCCAGCGUUUCACAGUUUUCCUGGGACUACAUGCGUCUGGAUUGAAGUACCACCCGGACACACGUCAAAACCUCAGUGUGGCAGCACCAGAGAUGAGUGGGUCCAUUUGCGUCGCCAGUGCAUUGCAGCUUUAACCGGUCCAUCAUGCCUUGCGGUGUCCCAGUUCUGUUCCGAUGUAAUUUACAACAAGCUCUGUGAUCCCCCCCCCCCUUCCUCCUCCUCCUCCUCCUCCUCCUCCAGCCUCACAGAGCGGCAGGUCAACAGGCAGAGCCGGGUACAUGUUGAAAGCCCCGUGUCGGAUGUCCGGUGACUGGAUGGGACGCGUGUUUACAUGCACACGGGCUGUAGAGGCGGGGAUGUGCGCACACCGUUAACUCCGGGUGCAGGCGGCGGAUCGGCUCGGAAUAAACAGGGAUCUCUCGUGUAACAUGCAGCGGAAAGUGUCGGAUUUUACACCAGAGAGAAACACUGAGGCUGCAGCAGCACAGGAGAGUUUGAAAUGCACUAACACGCUGUGAUCCGCGGUUGAAAAGAGACCGUGCCCUCCAAUCAAUCCAGUCAUCUGUGCGAGGCCUUGGACAAAGCCGGAGCUGUGUCGCCAUGCCAAAUGCAGGCCUCGCCCUUACCAGAUGCCUUCAGUACAGAGGGGUGUGCAGUGCAAUGCAGUCUCAGUAGGGAAAAGGCCCUCGAGGGGGAAUCGGUAGUUAAAUUGCAGGAGAGACGGGAGUCCCGUUCCAGCUGCGAUGAAGAUGGAAGGCGGCUAAAUUGUUAAGGGAGGCCUCAAGCAAUAUGAAGAGUCAAGGAUCAGAGCAGAGCUGAUGGCCCAGUCAGGAAAAAGGAGGGCUGCUGCCCGGUAGGGUUGCAAAACUCUGAGCAUUAGGCACCUGCUCCUGAACUGCUCUGUUGCUCCGGACUGCUGUCGUGGCCUUGCCAGGAUGGACAAUGACUCAUUAUUAGCACCCCCUUGUGGUGUGGAGGAAUGAGGGCCUCUGGAUGAAGGCCAUGGAGCUGAAAGUGUGGGUGGACGGAGUGCAGCGCAUCGUGUGCGGGGUCACAGAGUUCACCACAUGCCAGGAAGUGGUCAUUGCUUUGGCACAAGCCAUUGGACGCACUGGCAGAUACACUUUGAUAGAGAAAUGGCGGGAGACAGAACGUCACCUGGCUCCGCACGAAAACCCUGUGGUGUCCCUCAACAAGUGGGGUCAGUACGCCAGCGACGUGCAGCUCAUCCUCCAGCGAACCGGCCCGUCCGUUAGCGAGCGGCCGACCUCUGACGGGCAGGCUCGCGUCCCAGAGCGUGGCUUCUACCGGCAGAGCCUCCCACCUCUGGCCAAGCUCCGCCCGUCAGGGACAGACCGCUCGCUCAAACGAAGGGAACCCAAGCGCAAGUCGCUGACCUUCACUGGAGGGGCCAAAGGUCUGCGGGAGAUAUUCGGGAAAAGCAGAGAUGCUGAAGCCAAACAGGCCCAGCAGCGCAGUGUGAGCCUGAACCUGAGCAGAGUUGGUGGUGGAGUGGCAUCUGUACCUGGGAGCCCAGCCAGAGAGCUAAGCCGUUUGGUGCAGCUGCAGAGGGACAAACUCCAGGCCCUGGAGAGCCGUCUGCUGGGCUGUGAAGCCGAGCUGGGAGAAUGGGAGGAGGCCGGCGUCGAGGCCAAUGAAGGAGAAAAUCUGGAGGAGGAACUGCUGCUUUUAGAGCAGCAGGUGAGGAGGAAUGAUGCCGAGAUGGAGGAGGAGGAAUUCUGGCAGAACGAGCUGCAGAUCGAGCAGGAGAGCGAGCGGCAGCUCCGGCAACAGCUAGCCGAACUGCAGAGCCGCGUACGCGACUGCGAGGCCAAGCUCUCGGAGAGCUUAGCACGCAUACAGAACAUGGAGACAGGCCUGGAGCAGGAGCGUCUACAGCAGGAGGCCGAGCUCAACCAGAAGGUCAACGAGGAGGAGGUGCAAGCCCAGCUGGAGAAAGUGAGGGCUGAGCUGGAAAUGCAGAGCCAACAAACGGCACGGCUGGAGAGCAGCUGCAGGGCAUUGGAACGCUCACUUGGCCAGUCAGGCAAGAGAUUACAGGAAAAGGAACAGGAGCUGGAGCAGCUGACAAAAGAGCUAAGACAGGUCAACCUGCAGCAGUUCAUUCAGCAGACUGGUACCAAGGUCACAGUGCUGCCCGCUCUACCUACAGGAGAGAACAACAACGAAGCGGAGUGUGGUUCUCUGACGAGACGUGGAUCCUCGCGUCUCUUACCCAGCGACCUCCGCGCUCUGCAGACCGCCGUCUCCUCCAGCCUCAACCCAGAGGGCAUCUACGUUUGACCCAGAAGAUGUAGCCUGAUGUUUAUAGGGACUACUACAGACUGCUAGUGCUCUGGGAACAUCCAAACUGUGGAGGAUGUUUGGAGAAAAAACAUGAUGGAGGAUCAGUGGGGUAUUAUAAUGGACAAGUUUGAUCUGUUUUGCAUCUUUUUUGCACUGCCUCCUCUUCCAUCUUACCAGGACUGCCACUCAAACUGAUGUCAAUAUCCAUUAGCAAACAAACAUUCAGUCUAUUUUCUGUGCUCUAAUGGAUGAGUGAAGAUUUAAAAAAAAAAAAAAAAAAAACAAGCCAGCAGAUGUAUUCUUGUCAAAAUAAGGAGGCUUGAGGCAAACAGUGUGGAUCAACUUUAUUUUUAUUUUCUAAACCAUGAACAGGAGAGGGUUUCAGGAUGCAGAGUUCAAUGCAUAGACAAAAAUAUAAUUCACGCACGAGCAUGCACGCCACACCUGUGCUAUAACCACAGCCAUAUCUGAUUGCCUUACUCUGGUGUUUAAAGACCAGGCAUCAAUAAAUCUAAUGUUAGAAACAAACUCAAGGUAGCUACUGAAGACUAUGCGCCAUAUAAAUUUAUUAUUGGCACCAAUUCAGGUGAUUCCUUGUCACGGUGACUGAUGUCAGAAAAACUCAACAAUGGCUCAAUCCUGUUUUUUCCACAUGAAUCUGAACUUUUAUAUUGAUUUGAACAGGAAAUUUGUCUCAUAUUUCCUGUGGAAAAAUCUCUACCCAUCAAAUGAAACACAUUAUAUUAAAGGAAUAGAGGUGAUAAAAUGGGGCCAUGAAGUCAUAUCAUCAACUGUUUGACAUUUUUGGUGAAACAGAUUGGCUCCAGUUUGGCUUAUUUUGGGUCUGCAUUGUGCGACAGCCAUUAAUCUCCUCUUUGUUUUUCUUUCUCCAAAAACUCUGAAUGAAGCAAUGAGCGAUGACAGAGGCCUUUGAGCCUGCAGUUAAAAUCCAGCCUGAAAAAAAAAAAAAAAAGAAUUGCCAACAAUGAACUUUGUGCUCAGUUUCACCACUGGGUGGUGGCAAAACAUACAUUAUUUAUCCAGCUGAAAGUUAACUGUGUGAAAGUUGGUCCUGCCCUCAGCUGAUUAUCUUUGUUCAUUUUCAUAUUGUUUAAUAACAAAGCCUCAGCACUUUAGCUUUCAGUGUAUUUACCUGAGGUGCCACUUAUGAUACUGGCCAAGUGUUUGACAUGUUUCACUGUGUUUGUUAAGCAGGGACACACACACACACACACACACAUAUUCGGUAAUAAAACAAGCAGUAUUCAUUUGUUCCAUCUGAUUUAUAACAUUUUACUGAACUAAAGAUGUCUCAUAUGAACCAAAGCUAGUCUGAUAAAACAUAAUAGUUAGAUGAAUGUACUUUUUUUUAAACAUGUAUGCAGCUUAUUCCGAUGAAGUUUACCAACGUGAAUAACUCUGCAAAUUGUAAAUGUGUACAAAAUAUUUGCAGGUUUAAAAAAAACAAAAAACAAAUAUAUAUGUAUAUCAAUAGUGACAUGCACAUAAAUGCCCAAAGUAGGGCUUAAGUUUCACACUUGCAACUUAAAUGUGUGUGUGCAUGUGUAACUUCAGUGCCAUACACAGCGUGGGAACUUUGAGUUUCACAUCCAGUUUUCAGUUUUGAACCCAUACUCACCUGUUUAUCAUUUGUGCACAAGUACAGUCUUUUCUAUCCAUUCACAAACUUGAAUUUCUCAUGCAGGUUUUUUCCAGUGAUACAACCACAGGCUUUGAAAUUAUUUCUGGUCAUUUCCCAAGCUCAGAGUCUGACUGACCUUUACACGAGCACAUGAGCAGAAGCUCGUAUUUGUUAUGUGAAUGGACAAUAACAGAGUGAAUUCCUCCCUCCGGUGUGAAGGAUCUUGCUUUGUUGUUUGCUCUGCAGUGCAAAGGAAACUGGAGGAAUUCACAUCUCAACUUGGCAAACUCUCUUUUGAAUAAAAUGGCAUGCCUUACUAAAAAAAACUGUAAAUAAUCAGUCUAUGGACUAGUAGAUUGAAGUCUGAUUAUGCUAGAAUGGUAGAGAGGUUAGAUUAUAAUGCUGCCAUUCAAUAGGCAGCUCUGUGUGCAUGCAACAGUGUGUGAUUGGUAUAUUUGGACUCUGGUGGCUACCAAGGAUGUGAAAAUUCAUCUGAGAUUCAGUUAGUUUUUGGUUUGUUUUGUUCCUUUUUGUCUCGUUGACAUUUUCACUGAUGGAGAUAUGAGCUUAGUUAAAGAGCAGGCAGGCAGUUCAGUGUAUACUAGCAGAAAAAUGUACAUUAUUCUCUUACCUUCUUGUUUAAUUUGAGCAAAAAUAACAUUUAUGGAUGUAGUGGAGAUCCAUGUUGCUUUGAGACAUGGCAAUAAGUCUGCUGGCUAUGUCUUUGUUUAGACGCAUUGCCAACAAUUGGCUUCUCGUAUGCCAUCAGUGGUGCUUUUCAAUAAAAGUGCAUAUACAAAUGAGAUGAUGGAGCCAUUAUGGAGACAGCCAUCAAGCGGUUUUUGAAGACUAUUUUAGAAACGUCGCGGCUCAGGGAUAUUUCAAGACACAGAAUUACCCAGACAAAAAUGGGCAGGAAGUAAUUAGGGAUAAAAGCUGUUCACGGUGCCUUGCGCCAUUUGACAAGUUAAAUCGUGUAUUUGCUCUUGUGGAGACUUGAGCAGCUAUUUGACGAGUUUAACAUGUAGCAGACAUAACACAACAGAUGUAAGUGACAUAAUGAUUGGGCAACCGAAGAAGACGUAGCUUUAAUUUGAAAAGCAAAGCCUGUUAGGUCAUGAUUUAUGUCGCAGUUAGUCCUAAUUUGUCUUAUGUAUGAUGACACAGGAGAGGAACAAACUGGGGCUAGCUGGAGCCAUUGGAUUUGCAGUGUAAUACUGUUCCUUGAAACACCCCUCAAAGUGUUUACAUGCAUACAACGCUUCACUGUAAACAUGCUGUGCUCGGUGAACUGUGCUUGGCCGUUAUCACUAACUUGCAUUAACUCAACUCAUUCAGACAAGUAUAUUAUGAAUUUUUGUACUGUUAACUUACAAAUUCAUUAUUUUCUAGCUUUUGGUUUCUUUCUUUGGGUUAUAAUUCAGUCGCUAUGUAUGAAAGACAUGAAAUCUAAUUCAAUAAUGUAAAAUAUAUAAAUAAAUGAAAAAAAUAUAUUUAAAAAACAUGCAGAAAUGACAUAUGAAUAAACCGCUAUACAGUGCUGAA